AUGCAAGGAAGACUUCACUUCCGUACACAAGAGCAGGCCACGAAAGCACAUUACGACGUCGUGCUUGUCAUCGUCCAAGAUCAUCGUGGCGGCGGCAGGUAUAUCGUGCCUGAUGCACUGAUGCCGUUACCAGAGAAUUUCGGAGUGAACGGAGUGAAGAUCAGAUCUUCGAUCUUUAAGGAUGCUAUUUCAGUCUCCUAUACGCACGGAGAAGGUCGCCAGACCCCAGAACUGGGACAGCAGAGUGUCUGGCACGGUGGCAACGCUUGGGACAGGAGGACGAUAAUUGGCAAUAACAAUGAGGCUGGUGGGUGGCAGAGGGGUCGGAGAGGGAGGGUCACGACGAGCGCUUGGGCGCGUUCGAAACGAGAAGUGGAUCGUAAAUGGAAUGAUGGGACUACAACAGGAACGCAAGUGGAAGAGACGUGGCCCGGGACGUCGUCGGCAGCUGCAGGGCGGACAGGGAUGCGCAUAACGGGCACACCUUAA